UUUGAAGAAACCUCAUUUUUACAAAUUUAUGGGCCUAGGAGAUGGACUGAUACCUUCAGACCCUGAAAUUUGGAAGGUGCGAAGAAAGUUGAUUGAACCUUUCUUCUCGACUAAAAAGAUGAAAGAUCAUGCUGAGAACAUGUAUCAAGAAAUGGAAUCAUUUGGUCAACGAUUGCAUGAUGAAGUUGGUAAGCCCAUUGACUUGGUUCAUCAAAUACAUACAAGUACAUUGAACAUCAUUUUAAAGUCUGCUACAAGCAUUCCUUUAGAUGAUUCAAUGGAAGAUAAAAAGAAAUUUACCAAAUUAGUGGAUAAAAUCGAACCCAACCUUUGUCGAAGAGGAACAAAUCCUUUUUACUAUUUUGAUUGGCUUUUCAAGUUUUUCGAGUUUGGCCGAGCUUAUAAUAAAACCAAUGAUAUGAUCGCAGAGUUUAUAAACCAUAUAUUGGCUCAAAGAAUGGAAAUAUUCGAGAAUGCCCUCAAUGAACCAGAGAAUCAGGAUUUCAUUCAUUUACUCGAAGACAAAAUCGACGAACAAGGAAUUCACAAUGAACUGCUAACUCUUAUCAUAGCUGGACAUGAAUCGACAGCAGUGGCUUUACGUUGGAUCUUAUUCAAUCUCGGUAACAUUUCCUUUUUCAUUAUAACGCUAAUUUCUAUGGUAUUGCAAGAGGAUAUCAUGGUAAAGGAUAAAAGACUCCGCAAAGGUUCGGUUGUUGGUAUUGUAGUCGAAGCAACUCAUCACGACCCAAAAGUUUAUCCCAAUCCCAAAAAAUAUGAUCCUGAUAGAUGGAGUCCUGAAAAUGCAUCAAAAAUACCGAAAGCUGCUUAUAUACCUUUUGGUUACGGGCCUCGAUCAUGCAUUGGAUAUCGCUAUGCAAUGAUAGAACUAAAGAUUUACACAAUUCAGAUUAUUCGUAAAUUCAGUUUAAGAUCGACUCGACCACACGGAAGCAUUUCACUAAAAGCUGAAUUACUUUGAGACCAGUUGAACCUU